AUGGCUAAAGUACGGAACAAGAAAUUUAAAGGGGUUGUGGAAUCCUUAAAGCAUGCUCUUACGGAGGCUGUGCCUCCAGAGUUCCUUCCAUAUAAGGAAGAUGUGAUCUCAUAUUUAAAACGUCACGGUGCACACGUGAAUCCGCGGGAACCAUGGAUUACAAGACUAAUUGCAAAUCCUAAUGGAGCCUGCAAGGCUGAUCGGAAUGGCAUCAUUGUCCAUGAUAGCCAUUCCGUAGGUACUGAUAGCACUUCAAAAAACAGUAGUCAACAAAACCCAUCAGAGGUUAAAUCUCAAGAUUAUUAUGUAAAAUCACAAGAUACUACGGCAUCUCAUGAGAUACAAGAUGGUUUUGCGGUACCAACAAAUUUGGUUCUUAGCUCCGAAUCAGCGGUUAUUGUUUCACAAACGUCGAUAGAUUCCAAUGUAGAUGAAGCCACUACUGCAAGGAGCUCGGAAUAUGGGUCAACUCAACAAGAUAUAUAUACAUCGUCAAGCAGCAACCAUGAUGUAGAGAUCCCUACAGUUCCAGGGCAUGUAGAGAUUUCGAAUGUCAUAUCAUUGGAUGUAACCCCUGACGAGAGUCCAUUUAAAACGCCCAUAUUUGAUAAUAACAACGAUGUGAACCACCAAAAUGGCAUUGUGGUUCCCAGAUAUGAGAGUGGCAGGCCCAGCCGUAGAGCUGCUAGCCUAUACAGAUUACAAAGGACCUAUAGUUCAUCCUCUUGUAAUACUGAAGAUGCCAGUCAGAGUGUAGAUUUAUGUGAUUCGGUAUCAGGUUAUGAAGGUAAAAAGCAAGGUAGAGGCUAUACUCGUAGGGUUGUUGACAAGAAAUUAGUUUGGCCAUUAAAUUGUUGGAUAUGUCGUGAACCUAUGGAUCGUGUAAAUUCAUAUAUUAUAUGUAGUUCAGUUUGUAAAAGGGCGUUCCAUGCUUCAUGUGAAAGUAUGUUGGCUUUGAAGCUUAGACUACAAUUAAAACCAAUCGAUGAAGAUAAACCAUUAGAGGAUCCUUUACGCCUUCGCAAUACCCGUCCUGCACGUGGAUCUUCUAGUGUUAGUGUUGCUGGUGGUAAUGAUACUUCAUCUCAAGAAUUCUGUGCAACUGUUAAUGAUUCAACGGAUCACGAUAAUUCGGAGCUUGUAAUAUCUGACUUUGCCUAUAAGGACCAAUUGGACAACUUGUUGGACACCUCACCAACUGAUUCUAAUUUCCACUCUGGUCUCGACGAUGAUCCCGUGACUCCUGCAAGUAGUGUUAACGACUUUGUUUCUCUUGAGCCCCAGGUAAAGGGCCGUUCUGCUGUAGGUAGGCUACGUGGAUCUCGGACUAUAAAAAUCCCCGAUGAUAUACCUAAGGAAAGAAAAGAGGACGAUAAUGGUUACGAAUGGCGUGAUUUGGUUGCAUCAUCUAGUGGUUGGACACGUUUAGCACCAAAUUGUAUAUCACGGGAUUGUGUUUUUUGUUUGAACUCUUAUACUGGUUGUUCUGGUUGUUUCAAGUUUGUACCUCAAGGUACUCUUGUAAAAUGUGCUAUGGAUGGCUGUUCCACAUUUUAUUGUUACCCAGAUUGUUUGAAGCAUAUACGACUGAUAUUACCGGACAAGAGAGUAUUUUUGCUACACCGCCUAGUAUAUGGCAACUUUAGAAAGCUAUUAGACAGUAAUAGGCGACCACUUUUCAUUUGUCAUAGCCACACAUGUUGGAGUUGUUAUGAUUGUGAUCGUUAUUCUUACUUAUGGGAGACUAUUUGGCGAGUGGAGUCUACUCGUUCGCCUAUUGACUUUAUGAGUUAUGCAUGGCAGGAGUUGCGUAAAUCGUGUCGUGGCAAAGUGGAAACAUCACAUUUUGCCAAAGGUAAACGUAUCCCGAGACCUCCUACAUAUCCUGAUGUUCGUGCAUUCAGGAGUUUUAUGCAAUCUCGACGUUUCGGGUUACAUGGAGUAAUGACUGCCUCCGCGUUGGCCACACUCUAUCCUCAUUCAGAUGAUGAAGAGCGUCCUAAAUUCCACAAAGUUACAACUAACAUCUUACUUCGUUGUGUACGUUGUGAGCGUACGUGGUGUACAAACUGUGUACAUCCUGAUGUCCACGUUGUUCCUCAAUCUGGUAAACAGGUUAUAUGUCACGAUUGUAUCCAUCUAGAGCGUGCAAGUGGUGAAGUCCCUAAAUUCGGUAGCCACCGGAAGCUCAUGAAUCGGUCUCAGCGAGAGAUUAUGGAACCCGGUGUAAAGCUCACUAGCCGACAACCUAAAGAGAUUUAUAACAAGGUGAUGGCACACCUAACGGAGCAAGAGAUGUAUCAUGGUAAGGUGGCUACAAAGCCUACAUUUCUUGAUCCAGGGAUGUUAUAUUGUCAUAUUGAUACCGAGGUUGUCACUGUCCGUGCUCCAAGGAAGAUACGGCGUGAUGCUGGGAGACCUCGAGGACGUGACCCAUCCGAUCUAAUGGAUAACGAUGAUCUACGUGACCUUGUUGAUGACAAUGUGAUCAGUAGUUUAGAAAAUGUUAAGAUUGAAGGUGAUUGUGAAGACGCCGAGUAUUCUCCGGGAGAUAUUUGUCCCCCUCCUGCUCCUCCGCCGCCUCCACAUAUCGACAUCCCGGGGUUACUCGGUGAUAUUAAGAUUGAGAAUGCUAUUGGUGAUAUGCCUUCUGACUUGAAAUAUGAAGCUGAUGUAAGUGAUUGUAUUUUGGGUACUACACAAGAAACAGUAACGGCUACUCAAGAUUCAACAGUGGUUGUUUGUGCCCCUUCGAAAUCUAUCAGUGCAUCAAGUGACUUUGAUGUACACUCUAGUAUUGAUCACGCAUCUCAGAUUUUGAAUGAUGAUGGUAUGGAUUCAUUACGUGAGAUUGAUGAACCAGUUAUUGACAAUUUGGUCCCCGUUAAGGCCGAAGGUGAAGAGGAUGCCAGACCCCCAGCACGUAAACCUGGCAGACCUCCCAAAAAUAGAACUGUUACGGUUACCGAGAAUGGUAUCGAUGCUAGUGCUGUAACAAAAAUCGUUAUAAAAUCUACUCGACCUGUAGGUCGUCCUAAAAGUCGAAAGAAUGGUGAUAUUGUGAAACCUGCAAGAGGCAGUAAAUCCACUAAAACCCUUCCUUCUGACUUUGCUGAAGAGGAUAUUAGGAAUCUUCGUAGGCGAGAGCGUCGUGCCGCGAAGCGUGCUGCACAACGUCAAUCUGAAUAUGGUAUCCGACGUACCGAGUUACGAGCGCAGUUACGCACGUAUUUGAACCGUGUACGUUCAAGGGAGUUUAACACAGUUGUACGUGAUUGUGAUCCUGAGACUAUCCUUCGUAUAUGUAGCGAGUUCCGUUACAUGACUAACAACGUGAUAAGUGACGAUUCUUUACGUUCUGUGGUCAAUGAAGGUCCACUAUCACGUUGUAGUUGUCGUUUUGCUUGUGGUUCGGAAUGUUCAAACGCUGUUAGUUUCGUGGAAUGUAAUUCUUCCAAUUGUAAUUUUGGUGACAUAAAUUGUGGUAAUCGUCGUUUCAAGAACCUUAAUAUCCCUAAAUUACGGUUACGUUCGGUUGAUGGUAAAGGUUUGGGUGCCUUUGCAUCAGAAAACAUUGAAAAAGAUGAGUUGGUCUGUGAAUACGUUGGUAAAGUGAUAUCUCAGACUGAGUUCCAGCGUUGUGUGGAUAGUUGGAGUUUCGCAGAGUUGGAUAAUUCCAACAGUGGCCAUUGGUAUAUUAUGAAGAUCCAGAAGGAUGUGUAUAUCGACUCGACUAAUAUGGGCAACGUCGCAAGGUUCAUUAACCAUUCCUGCGAUCCCAACUGUGUAAGUGUCCCUUAUAAUGUAAACGGUACUUUACGUAUGGGUGUCUUUGCUCAACGGCGUAUCGCUUCUGGUGAGGAGGUAACUUACAACUACGGUUUUUCUUCUCGUGGUGUCGGUGGUGGUUUCAAGUGUCUCUGCGGUGCCAAGAACUGUCGGGGUAUGGUUGGUGUACAGCAGGAUACUACAGCUGAGACUUUGGAAGAGAUUGAGUGUGCUAAAUCUGAAGGUAAGGAAUAUGAAACAUUGAGCCAGUUAAUGUUUGACAUGGCUUCGAUAUAUACCACUAACAAGGAAGGCAAUUAUAUGAAACCACGGCCGUCACCACUUGAUGUUUUGAACGGUAUAUGGACUAGUGGCGACCUUUAUCGUUACGACAGGUCACAAACCCGUUUGAGGCUCGGUGCUGAAUGCGAUUUGGGUGAUGGUUUACGUCUACCAAUGAGCCCUGUGGCUUCACUUGUUGCUGACAAUACCCAUAUGAACCAGUCUUUAUGGAACUAUUCUAAGUUAUUGGUGUUAGGUGGCCGUACGAUGAAACAAUGGGAUACUGCCAACACUAAGGAGUUCGCUGCUGGUAUCCCUUGGGGUAUUAUAGCAUUGGAGAACAAUGAUGUGAGUUUAUUGCGUAGUUUGGAAUCUGGUUGUCUCUUCCCUGAUUUGUAUGCCAAGGCCAAAAGGUUCAUCCAAACCGUUUGUAUGGCCCAAUCUCGUCAUUGUGCUGGUAGCGAGGGUUGUGAGAACUUACAGAGGUUGAUGGACCUUACCUGGGGUGCAACCGAACCUUGUUAUGUGUGUAGCGGUUAUGGCGAUUGCAAAAACUGUGAUUAUUGUGGCGACGUGCUACAUGACGAUAACGCUUGUGGCGAUUUCUAUGUUGACCAAUAUGGUAUGAACCUAUGCAACGUUUGUCAAAAUAGUGAUCACCGUCUUGAAUGGUUGAUGGCAAGUAACCAUAUGCGUGAAUCUUUGGGUAUGACUUUAUGGUCUCUUCGUAUGGACCGUGCUUACCAACAAUCACGGUCUACCUUCCGUGAGCUGUUACGCAACAAGGUUCCGGAAAGUGAUGGCGAGAUUCGCAGGGUUAGAAUGGAUAAAGUUGCUACAGGCGAUCAAGCUACCGAGGUUGAUACUCCUGUAGUAUAUCCAUGUGGUGAUACGUUAUUCUGUUCCCGUCGUGAUUAUGAGCGUUAUUGCAAGAGCCCUAUGAGUUUUUACGAAGCGCAGGUCAAAUAUCAUAAUAUGUGCCAAAAUGCACUUAGAAAUUAUGAUUGUUUCUGGUAA